AACUGAAAAGACUUAUAAAAAGUCCCAACCUUUUUACCAUAUCCUUGUCCUCUUCCAUCACAAUCCCUCAAAACCAAAACCCCUUCAUCCUCUUCUGCUUCUUCUUCACACAACUACAAACAAUGUUUCUUAUUAACUCAUAGAACUUCAACUCAAAGAAACAUUUGUACUUUCUCACCUUCUCUCUUUUUCAACUCAUAGAACUUCAUCUAAAUCUUCUUCAAAAUGAUAAGUGCUUUAGACUUAUACCAUGUCCUCACAGCUGUAGUACCACUCUAUGUAGCCAUGAUCCUCGCCUACGGUUCAGUAAAAUGGUGGAAAAUCUUCACACCAGACCAAUGUUCAGGAAUAAACCGUUUUGUAGCACUUUUCGCAGUUCCACUUCUCUCAUUCCAUUUCAUCUCCACUAACAAUCCUUACGCCAUGAACUACAAAUUCAUAGCAGCUGAUUCACUUCAGAAACUCAUCAUCUUAACCAUCCUAUUCAUCUGGUCAAGAGUUAGCUCGAGAGGGUCGUUAGAAUGGUCCAUAACACUCUUUUCACUGUCAACUCUUCCUAACACUCUUGUCAUGGGGAUUCCUUUGUUGAAAGGAAUGUAUGGUGAUGAUUCUGGCACCCUCAUGGUUCAAAUCGUUGUUCUUCAAUGUAUCAUUUGGUAUACAUUGAUGUUGUUUCUGUUUGAGUAUAGGGGUGCUAGGAUUCUCAUUGGUGAACAGUUUCCUGAUACAGCUGGGUCUAUUAUCUCCUUCAAAGUUGAUUCUGAUGUUCUUUCUUUGGAUGGGAAAGAGCCUCUUCAGACUGAAGCUGAAGUUGGUGAAGAUGGUAAACUUCAUGUUAAAGUAAGAAAAUCAACAAGUUCAAGGAGUGAGAUUUUCUCUAGGCGUUCUCAUGGUGUUAACUCUGGUGUUUCUUUGACACCAAGACCUUCUAAUCUAACAAAUGCUGAGAUUUACUCUCUUCAAUCUUCUAGAAAUCCUACACCAAGAGGGUCUAGUUUUAACCAUACUGAUUUUUACUCAAUGGUGAAUGGGAGAAACGUGAGUCCCAGGCAAUCUAACUUUGGAAGUUUGGGUUUUGAUGAGGAAAGUGGUGGUGGUAGAGUCAAUGGUGGUGCUAAUAAUGUGAAUGGUGGAAAUGGGUACCCUACUCCUCAUAGUGCUGGAAUUUUUUCACCUGUGGCUAAUAAGAAAAAGGGUCAUGGUGGUGGUGGUGAUGGUGGAAAAGAUCUUCAUAUGUUUGUUUGGAGUUCAAGUGCUUCACCUGUUUCUGAAGGUGGGAUUCAUGUCUUUAGAGGUGCUGGAGAGUAUGGGAAUGAACAUCUUAAUGGGGUAGCUCACCAAAAAGAUUAUGAAGAAUUUGGUCAUGAUGAGUUUAGCUUCGGAAACAGAACUGUUGCUAAUGGUGUGGACAAAGAUGGACCAGUGUUAUCCAAGCUUGGUUCAAGCUCAACUACUGAGCUUCAUCCUAAAGAUGGAUCUCAAGUUGAUUCUAAGCCUACUAACAUGCCUCCUACAAGUGUUAUGACAAGACUCAUCUUGAUUAUGGUGUGGAGAAAAUUGAUUCGGAAUCCUAAUACUUAUUCAAGCUUAAUUGGUCUCAUUUGGUCUUUGGUCUGUUUCAAGUGGAAUGUUGUUAUGCCUGCUAUUGUUGCUAAAUCAAUAGCAAUUUUAUCUGAUGCUGGUCUUGGAAUGGCUAUGUUUAGUCUUGGUUUGUUCAUGGCGUUGCAGCCACGGAUUAUUGCGUGUGGAAACACGGUUGCUUCUUUCGCAAUGGCGGUUCGUUUCCUUACCGGCCCGGCUGUCAUGGCAGUUUCUUCCAUUAUUGUAGGUCUCAGGGGAGUACUGUUACACAUUGCAAUUGUACAGGCUGCUCUUCCCCAAGGAAUUGUCCCUUUUGUGUUUGCCAAGGAAUACAAUGUUCAUCCUGACAUUCUUAGCACUGGGGUUAUAUUUGGAAUGCUAAUUGCUCUUCCAAUUACACUAGUUUACUACAUUUUGUUGGGACUUUGAAGUAUGAAGACUUAGAAGUUUGAAGAAAAGAAGACUAAUAUUGAAGUGGGUUAGGAUGUUACAUAAAUAUAACUUUAUUUUAGUGUUUUUUUGGGGUAAUUUAUGAUCUAACAAUGUAGAAAUUUGGAAGUUGGGAAGAGGAAGUAUCUUUAGUGCUAAAGCUAGUUUGGUAGUACUAGAAAGAGGGAAAAAAAGUUGUAAUGGUUUUUUAAAGCCUUUUUUUUACUGUGAACCCAACUUUUGCAUGUUUUGCUUGGAUUAAUGAGAAAAGAGGAAAGUGAAAGUUGUU